AUGUACAACUAUUUCUUGACUAUUGUCCUGAGUGUUUUAUUAGUGAUAGGAUCACUUCAUGCAGAUCAAAGUGUUUGCAAGAAAUUGAGACCUUGCGGGGAACGUGGUGUUUGUAAUCACGAUAACUCUUCAGAGAACAUUCUCACAAUUAAUUGUUUUUGUCGUUAUAACUACACUGGUCAAUGGUGUCAGUUUGUUGAUGACAAGUACGUAUCUUUUCCAAAAGAUAAGGUUCCUGAAAAACCUAUCAUAAUUACAAAAACAAAAAUCCCGAACUACAGUGCUGAGUACAAGAUAACGUUCAAAAGUGUGAAAGAUCCACCAAAUGGGAUGGUAUUAUUUUAUCUUGCAAGAUAUGCUGAUAUCACCACUUCGCAAGGGGAAUGGAGAUCUUUACCCAAGAUAGUGAGAAAAAAAACGAAAGAACGUAAUAUCUUCCUUAACAAGUUAGACUGGGGUCAUAAAUAUCAGUUGGAACUCUAUGCUGGUAAUAGACAUGGUCUUAGUAAACCUGCCAAAAGAAUAUUGGAAAGACCAAAAGUUUCUGAACCUGUAAUUGUGGAUGUCAGUGAAGAUUUGACUGGUUCUAACGCUGUUUGUUGCGGCAAAUCUCUUACUCUCCGUUGUAAGGCUAAGGGGACACCACAACCCACCUACUCAUGGCGUUUCAAUGAUCUACCUUUCCACAUGAAGUCAGAUGCAAAGAUAAGAGGUGGUACUCUUAUCAUCGCUAAACCUUUAGCUUCGAAGCAUCAAGGAGUGUACCGUUGUUUAGCAAGUAAUGUUUGGGGCGGUGUUCUCAGUCAAGCUAUUCAUGUUAGCAUUUUACCACCUGGCAAAUCUGUUGGAACUCAGGUCGAAAAAAAGAAGACUGCGUCAUAUUCUCGCACCAGUCUCCCACAUCUAAUCAUCUACAAGAGAACGAGUAUUACAAUGAAAUGUCAGGGGAAUGUUGAUACAGAUAAUGUUUGGUGGUUCUACAACGGGAAUCUCUUAAAUCAAUCGGGCGUCAAGGAUGUCAUUGGCAAUAUUAAGAUGAAUGGUGUCGUCACUGAUAUUAAAUAUAAACUACGCGCAGGUGUGCUGAAGUUGGUUAGCGCUAAAUCUGUCGCAACAGGAAUAUAUCAGUGUGAGAUUAGAACUAAAAAUGACGUUAUUUCAAUGACACAUUAUGUUCAUGUGAAAGACUUUGAGCAGAAGGAACCACUCAGUCUGAAGCAAAAGUCAUCUGAUAAAGUUCGUUUAGAAGAAGGAAGCACGGCAUCUUUAACAUGUUUACCAACAGCGUUCGACUCCUUUUCUAUUUCUUUGAAAAACAUUCCUGAAACCACUAAAAAUCGUCUCCGAACGUUUCCAGACGGAUCUUUAGAAAUUCGUAAUAUCAGCCAAUCAGACUCAGACUUACGAAUCACAUGUGAAUUUUCGUCAGACCGAGGCUUAUCAGGAAAACGUCUAAUAUCAACUCAUGUCACUCGUAGCGUGAACGGUGGCUGGUCGUCAUGGGGACCAUGGAAGCCAUGUCGUGGAAAGCAAUGUGUUGGAAACAUUCGUUUUCGUCACUGUAACAAUCCAGCUCCUCGUUACGAUGGAAAAUAUUGCCCAGGAUCUAAUGAUGAGAAAAGUAGAAAGAGUGGAGCCUGGUCAAGUUGGUCUGCCUGGAUUUGUGUUGCACAAUCUGGUGAAUGUGGCAAACAUAUCAAAUUGCGCACUCGUACAUGUCAGGGAAAAAAAUGCCAUGGUAAAGCGAAAGAGAAGAAACCUUGUUCACUCUUUAUACCUUGUCCAGAGGAUGGUUUCUGGGCACAGUGGACAUCAUGGUCAUCGUGUAGUAAAACUUGUUAUCCAGGAGGGACAAUGUUGCGUACGCGUAAAUGUAAUGCUCCUAAGCAUAAUGGAAAACCAUGCGAAGGCCUGAGCGAGUCAAAAAGAAAAUGCAACAAUGGAACUUGUCCGGUUCACGGAGGUUGGUCUGCGUGGAGUUCUUGGUCUGACUGCUCAGCAACGUGUGACAAAGGAAGUAUGACGCGCUCAAGAAGCUGUAGCAACCCAAAACCAAAAUAUGGUGGCCAGGAGUGUGACGGAAAAAAGACAUCGGUAACAGAGUGCGAGAAAGUACCUUGCAAAAUUAAUGGUGGUUGGUCAGCUUGGUCUAAUUUCGGUGCAUGUUCCGUAAGCUGUGGUGCAGGGGUUAAGUACAGCACAAGAAUGUGUAACAAUCCUAAACCAGCACAUGGUGGUGAGAAAUGCAAGGGAGAAAGUCAGUAUAGAACACAAUGUGAUGUACAACCAUGUGCAGUUAAUGGGAGUUGGUCAGCAUGGUCUACCUGGACUGACUGUUCAAAAACAUGCAAUGUUGGUAUCACAACCCGAGUCAGGAACUGCAGUAAACCAGAACCUAAAUAUGGUGGUAAAGACUGCGAGGGUGCGGAUCAGGAUAAAAAACAGUGCAAAAAAGAGCCUUGUCAAGUUAAUGGCGGAUGGUCGUCUUGGAGCAAGUGGAGCGUAUGUUCAGUCACAUGUGAUUCUGGAGUCAAAUCUCGUACACGAAGUUGUACCCACCCAGAACCAAGACAUGGUGGAAAGAAAUGUCAUGGAAAAAGCAAUUUUGAGACGAAAUGUCAUCAGAAGCAUUGUAGAGGUGUCAAGGGUGAACAAGAUAUGGCACUAGCAAAGAAAUCCAGCUCAAGCAAUAGCAAUACAAUAAUUUACAUAAUAGUCGGUGGAAUUGCUGGUCUUGCUCUUAUUGGGGCUUUGUUCGUUUGUUACAGAGCUGCUCACAAGAAAUCAUUUGCCAAGGAUUACAUGCCAUUAAAGAAAGUUAAAGCUCAAUCAAUUCGACCUAAAUCAAUUAUGAAGUCGAAACCGACAGAAUGUGUCAAACAAAUCCCAUCUGGUUCAGAGCUUUUCGUUUUCAGUUCAAAACGUCCUUCAACAAGCGCUAAAGAUGGACCUCCACCUCCACCACCACCCCCCGUAUCGAGCUCUCCACGGCCUAUUCGGGGGAAGGGAAAGGAGAUUAAAAAAUCAACAGAUGAUGCAAAAGGACUUUCUUUGCAGAGUGAUGCACCUCCUCCGCCACCACCCCCCGUCCCGAGCUCUCAACGGCCUAUUCUGACAAAGCAGAAGGAGACUAAGAAAUCAACUGAUCAAGAAAAAUCAACCCCUAAGAAUGAUGCUGUUGGGAUUGAUAAGCAGAAAUCUGGGAAGAGUUCAUUGAAAAGUGGGAAGACGCAGAAUAAUGAUCCAUCACGUGAAAUAACAAAAGAUUCAUCGAAUGCCCCAACUGCUUCGCCUGUGUCGUCGCCUGUCAAAAAAGACCUGGAGCCAAAUGAUAACAUCACUCUUGGUAAAGCCAUACUGGAAAGCGGGAAGUUGAAGGAUGCUAAACUGCAUAAGAUACAAUCCGCUAGUGUCACGAAAGGCGCCGGGGAAGACGUUGUCAAACAAAACUCAAGCACUUUAUUCGUUCCCAAGAAAGCACCUGAGCCUAGUUCAACCACAUCAGGAGCUUCCGAACUUUCAGAUGUCGCUUCCAAGUCAGAGGAUAUUUAUGGAGGAUUGGUUGGUUUUGAAAAUGCAAUUCUGGAAACUGGUGAUGACCAAGUUGAUGUGAGGAAAGCAAAGAUACAAAAAAUCAAAUCAAAAAGCAAAACAAAGAAAACGGACAAAUAAUAUAUCAGUGAAUUAAUGUAGCCAAACUUUUGACGCUAGACACGUCAACUUUCUGAGAUAAAAAAUGCAUGAAAAUGCAAUAUAAGAAACAUUACUGUAUCGUAACUCUCAUGAGUUUCAGGUGACUUUGU